UCAAUAAUUAAUUUCAAAACAUAUUAGUGAAUAUAACUUUAUUAUUACAUUAUACACAGUGCAUUACCGAAGUCCUUUAUAUUAUUUUUGCCUAAAAGUCUGCGAUUAAGAAUAUUUUGGAAGUCACUAUGACGGAUGUUUUACCUGCCGAAGAAACUAAACAAGAUCGAGUUGUAACAAUACUUAGAGGCUUUCAAAUAAAUUGGAUGAACCUACGUGAUGCUGAUACAGGUAAGAUUCUCUGGCAGCAUAAUGAAGACAUGUCAAGUCCAGAAGUGGAGCAUGAAGCAAGGGUACCUAAGCGUAUUCUCAAGUGUAGAGUUGUUUCCCGCGAAAUGAACUUUAGCUCAGUUGAGUCUAUGGAAAGAUUCAGACUGGAACAAAAAGUGCUGUUUAAAGGGCGUUGCUUAGAAGAGUGGUUCUUUGAAUUUGGGUAUGUUAUACCCAAUUCCACUAACACUUGGCAAUCCAUAAUAGAAUCUGCUCCCGAAUCUCAAAUGAUGCCAGCCACUGUUCUAAAUGGAAAUGUUGUGAUUGAAACAAAAUUCUUUGACGGAGAUCUCCUUAUUACUACCUCUAGAGUGAGGUUAUUUUACGUUUAACAUGGAAUAUAGACUAAGCACACAUCAGCAUUUGUGUAUGCAUUUGACAGGCCUUAUUUACAAACAAAUAUUUUUCUUACUACUGAAUUUUCACUUAUAUAUAGUUUUAAUAGUCUAUACAUUCCUGGCUCAAUUUUAAUGUUUUGGUUGAAAACAUGUUUAUUAAUUUGAUAUAUGCAAUCCAGAGUUGUUCAUAAAACUAUGGCAAGGCCGUAUGUAUUGGAAAAAUAUAAAUAAAACAUUCCAUAAUAUUAAAAUUAAAUCAAACACAUUUAUUGUAAAGUAAAUAAGGCCUCUAAAGGAGUUUGUAAUUAUUUUCUAGUCAGUUUGGAAUUGUAUGUAUAAGCUUAACAUAGCGGCUUUUAUAAGAAGAACAACAAUCCAACAAAUAUCUUUGUUUAAUUUACAUUUCAAAGUAGUAGACAUAAUAUGCUACAGCUUCCAUUUUACAAAAUACACAUCUUAAUUUACCUAGUAAAAUUAAAUUUCCUACUAUUAGUAAAAAUUGCAUGUCAAUCAUAUGAAUAUAUUUUCUAAUAAAAUUGUCCACUAUGUAUUUACUGUGUAGUGUAAUUAAUGUAAUUAUGAUACUGAAAUCUCAUUUAAUACUUGGAAGGCAACUCUGUACUAUAUUGUUGAAACAUUUCUUGCUCAUUUUUAAAUUCACAGAUUUUAUUAAAAAAUUUAAACACUAGAAUGUAGUAUUAUUAAGAGAAUUUCACAGUAUUCUAUUAUAUAUUUUUCCUAUGAAUAAUGUCUAAGUCUAUCGAUCUAAGUUAAAAAAUAAUUAAAGGUAAUUUGUUUUUAACAUUAUAUAGUUUUAAAGUAAAUAGUAUAUUUUACAUAAACCUUUUUUAUUUAAAUUUAGUAUAUGUAUGUGUAUAUAUAUUUUACCCAAAAGAUUUGCACAACUUAUGUUGAGUGUUAAACUGUAAUAAAUAGUGGAUUAACUAAAGUAACACAGUUUUUUUUAUCUAUUAUUAAUAUUGAAAAUCACAACGACUGGUUUAAAUACUGUUGAGGACAAUUUAUGGUGAUGAUGGAGCAAGAUUGGUGAUUAAAAAUAGUGAUGGUGAGUUUUAUGCCAGUUUUCGCCCGCUUAACUUUGAUAUGGGUAAAUGUAAAUAAAGAUUAUUUUAAUAUUGA